CGCUGCGUUCUAUAUGAAGGAAGUCGUACAUGUGAAGUUGUAUGGGCGUGAGACUACUGGCUAUCAUUAGAGGACAACAUGUCAGUAAAGAGGACAACUCCUGUGAAUACCGGGUCAUCGUUGCUACGGAAUGAUGAGAAUGAACGUCUGUUCGGCUUGCUCGGCAAGGGAUGCACAACCCUCGUCUCCGCAGUAGUGCAGGUAUAUCUGGCCGAACCCAAUCCGCAACGCUGGAAGCGCAAGACCUGCGGCAUGGUGUGCUUUGUCAAGGACGGCAACAAGCGCUCGUACUUCCUGCGCGCGUACGACCUGCGGCAGGGCGCGCUCGUCUGGGAGCAAGAGGUGUACACGCAGUUCAAGUACCGGUCGCCGCGGCCCUACUUCCACACAUUUGCUGGCGACAUGUGCGAGGCCGGCCUGAACUUCGCCAGCGAGCAGGAGGCUGCGACUCUGUGCAGUGUCCUGCAGAGCAAGAUCAACGAGCGUCAAGCUCGCAAGCAAGAGAAGCGUCGACAGGGCAUGACUCAGAACCCGUCAGAGUCGGCGGCGCCGACGGUGACGGGGACGUCACAGAUGGUGAGGAUCGACGAACGGACGAUCAUCGAGAAGAAGAAGAAGGAGCAGCGAGGGAAGCGGCAGAAGCUGACGAAGGCCGACAUCGGGCUUCCGAGCGACUUCCAGCACGUCGCGCACGUCGGCUGGGACCCGAACAAGGGCUUCGACAUGAACAACCUCGAUCCGAACCUGAAGACGCUCUUCGAGAAGGUCGGCAUCUCCGAGAACGACCUCCAGGACACGGCGACGCGCAGCUUCAUCUACGACUUCAUCGCGAAGCAGGGCGGCCUGGAGGCGGUGAAGCGCGAGGCGUCGGUAUAUCUGGCCGAACCCAAUCCGCAACGCUGGAAGCGCAAGACCUGCGGCAUGGUGUGCUUGUCAAGGACGGCAACAAGCGCUCGUACUUCCUGCGCCGCGUACGACCUGCGGCAGGGCGCGCUCGUCUGGGAGCAAGAGGUGUACACGCAGUUCAAGUACGCGUCGCCGCGGCCCUACUUCCACACAUUUGCUGGCGACAUGUGCGAGGUUGGCCUGAACUUCGCCAGCGAGCAGGAGGCUGCGACUCUGUGGCAGUGUCCUGCAGAGCAAGAUCAACGAGCGUCAAGCUCGCAAGCAGAGAAGCGUCGACAGGGCAUGACUCAGAACGCGUCAGAGUCGGCGGCGCCGACGGUGACGGGGACGUCACAGUGCACGUCGCGCACGCUCGGCUGGGACCCGAACAAGGGCUUCGACAUGAACAACGCUCGAUCCGAACUGAAGACGCUCUUCGAGAAGGUCGGCAUCUCGCGAGAACGACCUCCAGGACACGGCGACGCGCAGCUUCAUCUACGACUUCAUCGCGAAGCAGGGCGGCCUGGGGCGGUGAAGCGCGAGGCGUCGGUGCACGCCCCCAGCGCGCGCCGCCCGCGCCGCACCGCGCCGCCGCCGCGCCAUCCGCGCAAUCAGAUCCACAACUUCAAGGGCGCGGGCGCGCUGCGUCACGUCGACGCGUCGACGCACGCCGGCGGGGACGAGCGCGGAGAUCUGCUCAGCGCUAUCCGGCAGGGUCGCAAGCUCAACCCCGUCGACCACUCGGACGUGCCGCCGCCGCCGCCGGCCGAUGACGAGACCGAGGGCAUUGCGGGGGCGCUGCUCAACGCGCUCAAGCAGCGCGAGAUGGCCAUCCAGGGAUACGACUCGAGCGGUAGCGACGACGACGAUGACGACGACGACUGGUCCGACUAGAGGCGGAGAUCGGGUGACGACAAGAUCGGGUGACGACGAGAUCGGGUGACGACGAGAUCAUGUGACAAUGAGGUCAGGUGACGAUGAGAUGAGGUGACGAUGAGGUCAAGUGAUGAAGAGAUCAGGUGAUGAAAUUCAACGUCGAAGCAAUUGAGUUAGAAUGUCUUACGUGCGACUGAUUUACAUCUGGUGAUGGACAUUAAGCAUGGGCUUCGUGUGGUACACACAGCUCCAUAUCAAUGAGUUUUACGUGUAAUUAAAGGUACAGAUGUAUGUACAUCGUGUGUACUCGAUAACACAAUGUACAUAACUUUGUGAAUACUCUCAGAGAUGCGUGCAUUAUAAGUUAUAACAACAACUGACUAGUUAUCCCAACAGGGUGAAACAAACACAUACCUAAUGUGUUCGUAUGUCACUUCGUAUACAGAAAUCUACAGGUAUGUGAAGCAUGUUCUUACUGGGAUCAGUGAGGAUGCCUCGCAGCACCAACAGAUAUGUCCUGUGUGCGUUCGGUAUAGUUUUUGAAAUUUAGGAAUAAUACCAGAUGAAACAAAACACUCUGGAUUCUCUGGCGGAAAUCGGUGUCGUACGGAUAUAAUUGGAUAAUUUUCCGCUAAGCCGAGCUGUUGAAAUUCAGGCCACACUAUUAAUGCAGAUUAAUGGUUUCAACUGUGUGUUGAGGGCAUAAAUAAAUUACAUAUUUUCGUAAUUAGUUAUCCUUGCAAACAGGUUAAGGGUGAAGUGAAUAGACAACCGGUUAUUUCCAUAGAUAUAAAAUAGAUCUUUAUUCUAUAUCUUUGGUUAUUUCAUUUCUUUUCAUUUUGUCUAAUUAGAUAUUAACCGUUUCUUGCAAUAGGGGGGCAUAUUGUUUCCCCGUUUUAUUGUACGAAUGCAUUGGGGGUAUAUUUCAGGCAUUUGUAAGAUUUUUGGUGUAUGGCAAUGGCAUACAGCACGUGAAAAUAAAUAUGAUCUAUUUAAUUUAAAAA